UCACUUUGCGAAAUUUUUAGGGGUUUAAAAGCUAGUCCGUAUUAUUAAAGACAAACAGAAUUAAAAAUCCCACGAUCUAUGUUUUAAAUUAAGUAUCAUGCUUUGAAAGAAAAGGGAGGCAUCGGAAAGGACGUGCUUUGUCUGACUGGUUCACAUGAAGAACUGAGCGAUAAUGUAAAAUUUUGCUCUCCUAAAUUUAAAGGAUUUAAAUGCAUCUUGAAUUCCUUCUCCCUCCCCAAGAAAAAUCCAUGGAGUGAAACAAACAAAUAAAUAAACAAAUAAGUCUAAUGCCAUGCCAGGCGCAGGAAUGUUUAAAUGAGAAAAGACCGGCCUGGUGGCUGUGAAUGGUCUCUCCACUUCUCAAAAUGUUCUGAGUUGUAGCAGUAUUAAGUGACAAAAGGGUAGGACGGUAAUUUAAGGUUUCUUGAAAGAUUCUUGAUAUUCUAACUUGAUGAUCAUCUCGGUUUAAAGCCAGGAGCCUCAGCCUUUCCAGGUCCUGGACUGGAGCUGGACUGGGCUGUGGGAGGCAGGGAGACUGACCAGGUUCAGCGCCGGGGGCUGGCACUUCCAAGCCAGAUGGCGGCGCUUUUCACUCUUGGUUUUUUGCAACCUUGUAAGGAAGUGGGCGCGGGCUGCGCGGUGUCAGCGCCUCCUAAUUGGCCGGCCGUCUCGGUGAUUGACAGGGCCCCGGUCUCCGCCCCCGCCGCUUUAUUGACACUAAUGAGCAAGUUCUUCCCACCGCUCUCCUGCCUGGAAGUGCUGACAGAUCAAGGCAACAAAUUUCAAUUACAAUCCCUAAUUUGUGUCCGCAGAGUGUUUUUUACCCAUGUUAGUCCUCUCUGGCGCAUCAGUCGAGGCAGAUCUUGGAGCAGCAGGAGGAGGUGGAGGGGGUGGGAGCGAAGGAGUGCAUCAGUGAGAGAGCGCGCGCGAGAGACCGAGGAAAGGAAACUUGGCGGGCGCGUCGCUGGUUCCUCGGAUCCCAACCCAAGCGAGAAAGAGGAAACGCCAAAUUUGUGUUUGCCCGCGGCGGGAAAGGGGUCAGAUCUCGGCCUGCGGGAGGCCCCUAGAGUCGUUCACAUUUUGGUGGGGGCAGGAAAGCGAGUGUGUGCGUGUGCCCGCGUGAGUGUAUAUGAGUGAGGGGCGGGCGGGCGCCGGCGGCGGGGAUGGCCGAGAAGCGGAGAGGCUCGCCGUGCAGCAUGCUAAGCCUUAAGGCGCACGCCUUCUCCGUGGAGGCGCUGAUCGGCGCCGAGAAGCAGCAACAGCUUCAGAAGAAGCGGCGAAAGCUGGGCACGGAGGAGGCGGCCGAAGCCAUAGAUGAUGGAGGCAGCAGCCGCGGCGGCGGCGCGGGCGAGAAGGGCUCCUCUGAGGGAGACGAAGGCGCUGGGGCGGCGUCCGGGCCCCCCCGGAGCUGCGCAGACCUGGAGCGGAGCUGCGGCUCCCGCGGAGCCGCGGGCGGCUGUGAGGACGGCUUCCUGCAGGGCGCUGCUCCCCUGGCGUCCCCGGGAGGCUCCCCGAAGGGGUCCCCGGCGCCCACCCUGGCCCGGCCCGGGACCCCGCUGCCCUCGCCGCAGGCCCCGCGGGUGGAUCUGCAGGGAGCUGAGCUCUGGAAGCGCUUUCACGAGAUCGGCACGGAGAUGAUCAUCACCAAGGCGGGCAGGCGCAUGUUUCCAGCAAUGAGAGUGAAGAUCUCAGGAUUAGAUCCUCACCAGCAAUAUUACAUUGCCAUGGAUAUUGUGCCAGUGGACAACAAAAGAUACAGGUAUGUUUACCACAGCUCUAAGUGGAUGGUGGCAGGGAACGCUGACUCCCCGGUGCCACCUCGGGUGUACAUUCAUCCAGAUUCGCCUGCCUCCGGGGAGACUUGGAUGAGACAAGUGAUCAGCUUCGACAAGCUGAAGCUCACCAACAAUGAACUGGAUGACCAGGGCCACAUUAUUCUUCAUUCUAUGCACAAAUACCAACCUCGAGUCCACGUCAUCCGUAAAGACUGUGGAGAUGAUCUUUCUCCCAUCAAGCCUGUUCCAUCUGGGGAGGGAGUGAAGGCAUUCUCCUUCCCAGAAACUGUCUUCACGACCGUCACCGCUUAUCAGAAUCAGCAGAUCACUCGCCUGAAGAUAGAUAGGAAUCCAUUUGCCAAAGGCUUUCGGGACUCUGGACGGAACAGAAUGGGUUUGGAAGCCCUUGUGGAGUCCUAUGCAUUCUGGAGACCUUCAUUGCGGACUCUCACCUUUGAAGAUAUCCCUGGAAUUCCCAAGCAAGGAAACACAAGUUCCUCCACGUUACUCCAAGGUUCCGGGAAUGGCGUUCCGGCCACUCACCCUCAUCUUUUGUCCGGCUCCCCUUGCUCCUCGCCUGCCUUCCAUCUGGGGCCCAACACCAGCCAGCUGUGUAGUCUGGCCCCGGCUGACUACUCCGCCUGUGCCCGCUCGGGGCUCGCCCUCAACCGAUACAGCACAUCCUUGGCCGAGACCUACAACAGGCUCACCAACCAGACCAGCGAGACCUUCGCCCCGCCCAGGACUCCUUCCUACGUGGGCGUGAGCAGCGGCGCCUCGGUGAACAUGUCCAUGGGCGGCGCUGACGGGGACACCUUCAGCUGCCCACAGACCAGCUUGUCCAUGCAGAUUUCGGGGAUGUCCCCUCAGCUCCAGUACAUCAUGCCUUCACCCUCCAGCAACGCCUUUGCUACUAACCAGACCCAUCAGGGUUCCUAUAACACUUUCAGGUUACACAGUCCCUGUGCCUUGUAUGGAUAUAACUUCUCUACAUCCCCCAAACUGGCUGCCAGUCCUGAGAAAAUUGUUUCUUCCCAAGGAAGUUUCUUGGGGUCCUCACCAAGUGGGACCAUGACCGAUCGGCAGAUGUUGCCCCCUGUGGAAGGAGUACACCUGCUUAGCAGUGGGGGUCAGCAGAGUUUCUUUGACUCUAGGACUCUAGGAAGCUUAACUCUGUCAUCGUCUCAAGUGUCUGCACAUAUGGUCUGAUGAAGCCAUUAAGUUAAACUACAUUCGAAUCUAAUGUAUUUUCUUUCUUCCUUUCCUUUUUAUUUUUUUUUGGAAAGCAAUAGGAUAAGAAACUAUCAGUAGCUUGUAAAAUGUACAUAUAAUAGAAAAUGAAGGCUCACUGACUUGUUUGACUUUCUCAUGGUGAGACUGUAAUUAUCUAUGGUAUAGAUGUAUACUGUAUAUAGCAUGUGGAGUUUUGUGGCCGGCAAAACCACAUCCUCCCUCUAUUUUUUCUCCUCGUUCAUCCAGUUGCAUAGAGUAUUGGCAUAAAUAUGGUAUUUUUAACCAGAGUUCUCAGAUUCUUUCAAAAACCAAAUGGCAAACGUAAAACUUGGCAUUGAUACCAACCAUACUAAGACUUACAACUUAAUUUAUCAGAAGGAUGCUCUACACAGUUUCAUACUUGAGCGUUGAUAACCAGCAAUAACCAGCACACAGAGACUAGUGAUUUCUGCUUUUCUUGGGCACAUGUGGGAACCUACUGCAAAAGCCAGUUGAAGUCUUAGUAUUGGUUCUGAGGUCUUUGUGAUUAUGAAGGAUUAACUUUUGUCUUCCUGCUUGUUCUUAUUUAUCACAGAUAUUAGGUGACCUUGGGUCUAUAAGAAUCCAUAACCCGUAGUAAUUGUUUUCUUAAGGAAGAUGGAGAAGAGGCUUGUGUUUUUUUUUCACUUUUCAUUGGGCCUAUAGAGGUAUUUCUUCAUCUGCGAAGAAUAAAUUUCCAGUAUUUUGGAUUUUUUGCUUAUUUUAUUAGUUUAAGUAGACAAUUAAAGAAUGUUCUAUACACAUUUUUAAUUUCAAAUUUUCACCAGGGAAGGAAUAUGUGGUAUCAGUGGAAUGGCAAAAAGAAAAUAGAUCCACCUCAAAUUCUUGGAUGCCAGUGAGAAAUGUCUGUCUUUUUAAAUCAAGAGGAAUAAUAUCAUCAGGUAGUCUUUGGACUUUGUAGUGCGUAUUCCCAUUCAGGAUGUUUUUCCAUCUUGCUUUGAGAUUCCUGACCCAUGGUCUAUCAGUAAGGAAAAAGACAUUUCUGCUACUUAUGUCUCGAAACUCCUACAAAUUCAGACCUCACCCUUCCUUAACCUUGUCCCUCUGUCUGAGUCUUUCCCAAAACAGAUCGAUUCUGGGCCUUUACGGUGUUAAAUAACGCUGUAAGGAAUUUCAGGGGGUUAUCUCCAGCAAUCUGUCUUUUGGGGGUUGUAGUGCAAAGGCCGAGGCCCAUUCCUAUAAAAGCCUCUUGGAGGACUGGGGAGGAAGAUACUAAUUAUGAUAAAGGAGCUAUAAAACUUUUAACCUCAACAGCAUUUUUAACCUUGAAACUGGAGCAAUGAAAACACCAUUAUUUUUUUUUAAAUCACUAAAAUAGUGUGUACGUGGUUUAAGUUUUCAAAACAAGUAACUUUGAUAGCACAUUGUGAAAUGAAUAGGAAAGGCUAAGAAUGCAUAAUGAGGAGGUUACCUAUGUCUGUUGAGAAACUGAUACAAUGUGUCUGUCCGUUGACUCAUUGCAUUUCACAUAUUUGCCAAGCUAAAACUGUGAUUUCCUUUUGGUGCUAAACAGAAUUGCUUUAACUCAUCCUAGUUUAGAUGGGGAAAGUGUAUGGCUCCUGGUUUGCCUCUUUACUUUAAAACAGCACUGCUGUUAGGUAUUUAGGGGGAUUACUCUUUGAACAGUAUUUGCACAGGAAAUGAUCUGUUUAUAGGUAAUGACAAAUUUCCUCACAGAUCCUGUAACAAUUCGUCAAAUUAGGAUUAAUUUUUAGAUUUAAGGUUAGCAUGAAGGGACAUGAAAUAUUUCCAAAGGCAGGUCUGUAGAAGAUUUUGUGUAUGGCAUGAAUACCUUGACCAAGAUUUGGGAAAAGUCCUCAUGAGAACAUCCCAGCCUCAGUGCUUGGUAUAAUUCAAGGAGAACAAGAAAGUUUUCCAUCUUGAGAAAACACAGAAAGUAAUGAUCUAUACCCAUAUGUAUUAAUAAGGAGAGCAUUUUCCUUUUUGUGGUUGGUGAUUUAAGUUGACACCAUAAUAUGAGUAGAAUUUUUUAUUAAUCUUUUUUUUUUGUAAAAUUUAGCAAUAUUGUACAAAUGCUAUUUCCUUUAGGUUUUACUGUAAAUAUUAAUCACCAUGUCACUUCAAAGACUAGUCUUUUAUCCUUAUAUUAAAUGCCAUACAUGCAUUGAUAAUUAUAAUUAUAUAUCUGUAUUUUAUUAAAAAAGUGCCUAAGAAAUUAUAUAUUAAAGUGUGUUACUAAACCCUUUUAUGA